UGACGUAUUCCCCUAACCCCGAACUUCCGCCUUGCACGUGUGUCUACUGAAAAUGUGGACAACUGAGCUUAAGAAUUAAUAGUAAUAAUAUUCUAAACACACUAAAUGGUUGAAACAUGGGGAAGCUGAAUCUCGUGGUGUUGAGAUACUUAGCUCGAGAUGACUUCCGGGUCCUCACAGCGAUUGAAAUGGGGAUGAAGAACCAUGAGAUUGUUCCAGUGAGACUCCUUUCCUCCAUCGCUAGCCUCAAACACGGUGGCUGCAACAAGAUCCUCAGAGAGCUUGUCAAACACAAACUUGUGGUCUAUGAAUGCACCAAGACUGUGCAGGGUUACAGGUUGAACUACGGAGGAUAUGACUAUUUGGCUCUGAAGACCUUGUGCUCCAGAGAAGUGGUCAUUUCAGUUGGCAACCAGAUGGGUGUGGGUAAAGAGUCAGAUUUAUACAUUGUCGCAAGUCCAAACGGGGAGCAGUACGCUCUGAAGCUUCACAGAUUGGGUCGUACCUCCUUCAGGAACCUGAAGAACAAGAGAGAUUAUCACAAACACAGGAAGAACAUGUCCUGGCUCUACCUCUCUCGCCUUUCUGCCAUGAAGGAGUUUGCCUACAUGAAGGCAUUGUAUGAUCGGGGCUUUCCUGUUCCCAAACCUGUGGAUUAUAACAGACAUGCUGUAGUGAUGGAGCUCAUCAAUGGAUAUCCACUGUGUCAGGUGCAUGAGUUGCAGGAUAUACCAGCCCUGUAUAGUGAGUUCAUGGAACUCAUAGUCAAACUGGCCAAUCACGGCUUGAUUCAUGGAGACUUUAACGAGUUCAACCUUAUGUUGGACGACCAGGACCACAUAACUAUGAUUGAUUUCCCUCAAAUGGUGUCCACCUCACAUCAUAAUGCUGAAUGGUAUUUUGACAGAGAUGUCAAGUGUAUCAGAGAUUUCUUUGCAAAACGAUUCAAUUACGAGAGCGAGCUCUUCCCAACCUUCAAAGACAUCAGGCGGUCUUGCUCUCUAGAUGUUGAAGUCUCAGCUAGCGGCUUCACCAAAGACCUGGAGAGAGAUGGUGCAUUGCUACACCCAGCUGGACCUGAGGGAGAGGAAGAUGAUGAAGAGGAGAGCGAUGACGAAGAGGCAACAGACGAGGAAGUAGAAGAAGAGAGCCUGGACAUGGAGGAAUAUAAGCAUGCAAUGCUGGAACUGGAAGGUCUGAAAGUCAGCGACACACAUGUAAACAUACAAGAUAAGGACAACAAGAGUGAAAAGGGGGAAGAGCAAACUGAGACAGCACCUACUGCUAGAAGUGAUGAAGAGACAGAGAAGGACUUGGAGGAAGAGCUGAAUGAGGCAGAGGAUGAGUGUCCAGAGCUGGCAGACCUUUCUACCUCCAACAAAGACUUCAAACCCUUCAGAGACUCGGACAGUCUUCUACACAUGGCAGAACACAUUAGGAGGAGGACAGACAGUGAGGCCACAAUGGGCAGCAUAGGGAGCUGCUCUACCAUACCACCAGAGGUAGUCCGUCAGAAGGUGCGGAGGCAGCUCACCAAACAGCAGAAGGCAGCACAGAGGAGACGUCUGCAGAAGGGAGAGGCCAACUUGGUGACCAAAUCCAGGAGAGAGAACCAAAAUAACAUCAAGUCUAGUAUGGAGAGUGCCUCCUUCUGGGGAUAAAUAGGACUGCAGAGAUGAACAGACGUAUUUCAUGUCAACAUGCUUUUUGUUUGGUUAUCAUGCCUGCUGCGUGGUUCCUCUGCUCCUUUGUUAGGAAAGUUGAUGAUAGUUGAUGGAAAAAUUCAGCAAGAGAGUAUCUGUAACUCAACUGUUCCGUACUGUCAUGGAAAAUACACGCAAGAAGAAAGACAGAUCUUCUAGCUUCCUUCCUAUUUGAACUGCACAGUGAACUAUCAUGUUCAACAUACAGUCUAAUGUAAAUAUCAACUAUUAUAUGAAGCCAUAUGAUUGAUAAUUAAACCAUUUAAACAUUA